UUUUCCCAAAAAUCCCGCCAACCAUCGAUGAAUGUGUGGUUAAUCAAUAGCCAAGUCAAUCGCUACCUGCCGGGGACAAGAAGUAGAAACUGUCAUCAUCUCUUCCCUUUAUAAUUGACCCUUCCUCUAGGUUAUUUCCCCCGUCGAAUUCUAAGCCUGCAUACAAUGAUUAACCCAUGAAAUGCUUUUGCCAAAAUAAUGCAACAUUCCGACCUGGAGAUUUUACGGAAGCUGCGAAGGUCAUCACCACAAGGGAUGCAACACAGAGGAAGGUGCUGACGCGAAUGAAUCCCAUCGGAUGGUUUCAGUGUUUCAAUUGGAGCGAGAUGUUGUCUGUGAAGUUUUGGAUGAAGUUGAGGCUCCCUUUUUAAACCUCUCCAUCGAGUCACAACUGCGGGCCCUUGCUUUACCCGAGUCAACGAUUCCGUUCAUCAGCUUGCAGUGUCUUUGCAUUGCGGUGUAUCAACGGUGUAUCGGUGUAGUAAUGAUAUUCUAAUAAUGGCUGAGACCGACACGAAUGCACAGAU